GAAUUUAGAAUAAUUUGUGUAAUUGUGUUCCAAUGAACCUAUAAUUUCGUUUUUAUCUUGUGUUUUUCUGUGAAAUUUGGUAGUUAAGUCUAAUUAAGAUUAUUUUACUUGUUUUUGUUGAAAUUGUGAAGCGAUUAAUAAAUGACACUUAAGUACGGAAAAGAAUAAACGUGAUUGAUACAAAAAUAUAUGAUUAUUUGCAUUCAACACCAGUAAAAUUAAAUAUUAAGUUUGUAGGCCUUAUUUGAUAAGCGUGAUUUAUUAAGGCCAAAACUAACAGUUUUGUAUUUUGAUUGUUUGAAAGAUUUAAACUAAGACAAUGAGUGUCAUUCUUUAGUAUGUUGUAGAAAACUCAACAAUGGUUGGUAUUGACUGGUGCCAGACAAUAUUUACGUAUGCGUUACAGAAAUAUGGAAGUUUUAAUUAAGGUAGGCCUUAUUUGUCGGCAGUACCUUACUUAUAAAGUGAUAUCAAACUAAAAAGUCUGAAAAGUGCCUUUGAUUGUUAUAUCGUUAGAUUUAGUUUAUAAUAAAUAUAUUUUUCAUUAAAAUUACUUCUUUUAUUUAUAUUUAGUAACUCUCUUAAGGGAUAAAAACAAAAAAUAAUACAAUACUUACUCAUCAAGAUAAAAACCAGCCCGUAAAUGUAGCGGUCUGUGAGGCCGCAUUCCAUAAUAGUGUAACAAAAAUGGAACGUCCAUAGUUAAAGGUUAAAAAAACAUUGUUUCUCGUUUCAUUAAUUAAUGAAAAUUCUGUAAAUGCAUCGUACCUCAUUAGCUUAAGGAUCGCCAGAGCAGGAAAGGCUCAUAUCAUUGGUGAAGACUUAGUAUUACCAUCGACCGUUGGAGCGAUGUUUGAAGAAAAAGAAAUAAAAGAAAUCGAGCGCAUACCACCAUCCAAUAACACAGUAGCACAAAGAAUUGACGAAAUAGCUGAAUGGACAAAAGAUGAAAUAUUAUGCUCUGCAAACUAGAUGAGUCUACCGACAUGCAAGGCCUAACUCAAUUAAUUGUUUUUGUACGUUAUAUAUGGCAAGAGUACAUGUAUGUCAUGAAGAUAUGUUGUUUUGCAAGCCAAUUACUCGUGGAAUGGUCGAGGUAGUUUUCAAUGUAAUUAAUUCUCAUAUUAAUUAUAAUGGUAUACAGUGGAAGAACUGCGUCAUUAUAUGUACUGACGGUGCGCGGGCAAUGUGCGGGAAAAAUAGAAGUGUGGUAACAAGAAUUCUUGAACAAAGUCCCUGUGCUUUGUGGACACACUGUAGCCUUCACAGAAAAGCACUGGUUUCCAAAGCAUUACCUGAUGAUUUUAAAAUAGUACUAAAUACAGCUUACAAUCUCGCUUAUUUCAAAAGCUGUGUGAAGAAAUGGGUAGCCUUCAUUCAUCUCUUCUUCUGCAUACAGAAUGCUGGUUAUCCAGGGGAGUACGUACUGACACGAUUAGUGCAAUUACGCAAUGAAGUUGCAAUUUAUUUGGAAGGAAAAACUGAAUAUAUUGAACAUUUAAUCAACGAAGAAUUCAUUCUCGAGCUCACAUAUGCAGCGGAUAUUUUUUCGAAGUUGGAUGAACUUAAUUUGUAUUUGCAAGGUUCCAACGGAACAGACAUUUUUGCAAUUCACGAUAAAGCUCGCGCAUUCAUGAAAAAACUUUUGUUGUGGAAAAGCUGUAUUGAGGGAAGAAUGAUUGUUUUGAAACUCUAGAAACUUUUAUUAUUGACAACCAAGUGCAGCCAAAGAUGAACGUAGUAUCUGCAAAU